UUCAGUUUUUAAGGAAUCUUGACAGUGCUCGGGUGAACUUUUUUUACAGCGAUUUAAUUAAAAAUCGCAAGAAUUUUACUUCAUAAGUAAUUUUUAUUUUAUUAAGUUUAAUUACUUGUGGAAAUAGGCGCUGUUUACAAAAACUUCAAAGAUGGAGGCGUUAUCCGAUGUAAUGCAGCCGUACAAGGAGUUGGUGGGCUCCGUGGCUGCCAUCGUCACCAUCGGCCAGAUGUUCUCUGGUUCCUUCAUAUGCUAUGACGUGUACAAGCAGGGCAGCACUCGCGGGAUCACCAUAGCGCCCUUCCUCGGUGGUGUUGUUAUGAGCUUGCUCAACAAAGCUGUCGGAACAUCUAUAAGAACAUUAUUGUUGUCUCUCUCUUGUUUAAAGAGAAUGAUAAAGAUGGCAGUAAUUUAUUUUGUAUUCCAGAGGGAAAUAAUAAGAAACAAGAGCACAGAGGGUCUGCCGUUCCCCAUCAUAUUCUCCGGCGCCAUUGUAACCUUCAUGUGGCUGCUCUAUGGCAUCAUCUUGAAGAACAAGUUCCUCGUUAUUCAAAAUGUAGUCGCUGUAAUUCUGUGCUCCAUACAACUAGCACUGUUCGUCAUAUAUCCAUCCAAACCUGCCGCCAAAGAAAAGGUUAAGGCGAAGGCGAAGAAGGCUGAUUAAAAGGUUAAUUAGGAUAUAAUAUAAUGUACAAUAGCAACACUGGCCUGCAAUUUACUACAAAAUUGGAGGGAAAUUCAUAACCUCAAAUGUCAUUUCGUAUGACAGUUCCUUAUUACAUGUUAUUUUAUUUAAAAUCUAUGCAUCUUAUGUUGUGAGUGUUUGUUUUAAGAUUUAUUAUUGAAGUAUUUAAAUAGUUGAUUUUUGAAUAGUCGAAAUGUAAUUAACUUAUUAAAACUUU